AUGAGCAGUUUCACCAAGCUAGGCAGCCAAUGGGAUGGGGGUCCGCAUAUUGCAUUGGUCUUUGUUGGGGGCGCAAGAUCCCUGCGGCUCACGCGCCGUGAUGUGACUGCACCGUGGCAUUCACUAUGCAGGAAGGAAGAGCGCCGGCGCUUAGGGUGGUCUAUUUGGGAGCUCGAUGUUUUUGCUGCCGCUAUUGGACAUCGUCGGCCAACUGUCGACAAACGGAACAUGCAGGACAUCCUUUCUGUCUCUGAUGGGAAAUGGUUCUCAAAUACUCCGUACGUCAUUGGAGUCUGCUAUCGUUGA